AGCAAGAGUUGUUGAGUUGUUAUAAUUGUGAGCAACAAGUCAACAUUAGCACAUUUUUAUUUUCAUUCCGAUGUUCAUUUGUGUUGAAUCAGUCGACUGUCGCGCUCAUAUUAUUAUUAGAUAACAAUAUACCCAUUUUGUGUUUGAUUUAAAGUUUUUUUUUUGGUUAAUUGUUCAGUUCACCCAAUUGACGGAAAACUAUUAUAAUUUUCGUGAAACGAUUUAUUGAUUGAGACUUUUGCAAGUUCGGUGAUAUAGGCGAUAAAUAGAUAAUUGUAACAUACUACGGUUUACAGUGUGGUAGUCAGUCUUGUUUUUAAUCAAAUCAAAUUUUUUUUGAUUGCUCGUUUACUGAAUUUAAAUGUGUGAUGUCAUCGAAAAAAUAGAAGAAUUUUUUUUUUUGUACCCAUCGUCAAAGGUAAUGAUUGCAUCGUCGUCGACAGUACAAUUCAAAACAAAAGUGUAAACGAAAUAAAAAAAAAAAAUAGAAAAACGAAAACGGGUGAAUUCAUUCAAAAAACGAAUUAUGUGGACAUUAACAACACUUUAAAUGUGUUGACUUGAUAGAACCAGCAGUAGAAGAAGAUAAAUAACAAUAAAUUUCUUUUCUUUUUUUUUUGUUGAUGUGUUUAUCCGCCUUGAUUUUGAUGUUGGAAAAAGGAAGUUGGUUAUCUUUGAAUGGAAUUUAAAGAAAGACAAAAAAUAUACAUUUGUUGUCGCUCCAUAACAUCUCAUCAAAAAACUGUUGUGCAUAUUAAUUACAUACAAUAUGAAUGGAUGAAUCCAGUUUAGUUACAUUUUCUGUUUAUUGAACGACGACCGUAAAUAUUUAUUUAAAAAAAAAAAAUCAAAACCUGAAUUUAAGUGGAUUUUUAAAACUAAAACCUAAAACGUAAAUAAAUGUGAAAGUUGAAUUCGACCUAUCAAUUAUUAUCAACCGAAAAUCUAACUACUGAAUCACAUACCUAACAAAAUGGCAAGCCUACGACCGCUGAAAAUAACCACCGUUGGAGACGGUAUGGUUGGAAAGACAUGUCUGCUUAUUACAUACACACAAAAUGAAUUUCCCGAAGAAUAUGUGCCCACUGUCUUCGACAAUCAUGCUUGUAAUCUAACUGUCGACGGCCAAGAUUAUAAUCUAACAUUAUGGGAUACGGCAGGACAAGAAGACUAUGAGAGACUACGGCCUCUGAGCUAUCCCAAUACUGACUGCUUCUUGCUUUGCUAUUCAAUUUCGAGUCGUACAUCGUUCGAAAAUGUUGCAUCGAAAUGGUGUCCAGAAAUCCGACAUUUUUCACCCAAUGUUCCUAUUGUACUUGUAGGCACUAAAAGCGAUCUUCGCAUCCCGAACUCAGAAAAAUUUGUGACGACAAUCGAAGGGAAGAGUUUGAAGAAGAAAAUCCACGCCUAUGCCUUCGUAGAAUGUUCGGCAAAGAAAAAGCUGAAUCUACAAGAUGUUUUCUUCGAAGCGAUUAGAGCGGUCGAAAAGAAGCCAAAUAAACCGAAACCGUGCAAAAUUCUUUGAAUCGUCUGUCGAUUCAAGGAAAUGCCAAAAAAAUCGGGAAAUUUAUUCAAGUCAAAUAGCGAAAAUAGCCUAUAAUGAAGAGCCAUACUAAAAUAAAUGUUUAAUGCGGAGAGAGUCCUACAAUUGAAAGUAUUUAUGUACAGGAAAAGCGAGUAUUAAGUUAAUUAAAUAAAAGUUUAUUGUGAA